AUGCUUGACCAUGACCCCCGUCAUCUGCGGCCCGAGUCACGCGUUGAGAUGGAUCAACGCAUUGAUAGUCUGUCAAAGUCUAUCAUUCGGAAGCGAACACCGGGCAAUAUCAUUGGCCGACUACAUCCUACUGAGGUUCAGCGAAGGAUAUCCGACUGUUCGACGCUAUACGCCGAGAAGGUGUGCUCUUUACUGGAUAACUUUACGAUAGCAAGCGUGUUGGAUCUUGAAGACAUACAACGACACUCUUGGUUGGCUGAGUCUCACGAGCUUCCAAUUACCGACAUUGGCGCCGUCGGGAUUUCUCCCACACCGGGCUUUGCGGUACCAGGUGAUAUCCUGACUGCCCAUACCUUGGACUGUGCUGAACUUCCAGCAUCCGGGCAUGGUAGUGGGACUUGCUGGUGCGCAAUCGUAGCGGAAACGACAAGAGAAGAAGACUCAUGGCUGACACCAACCGGGGAGAUACGAGACAAAGUUAGCGACCUGGUCCGAAAUCCAUCACCGGAGGUAUGCCAGCUGCAUGACCCCUUUGGCAACACUUUGCUUCACUUGUUUUCUGCCACAAGUGGCUGUCAAGCGCAGUUGUUUCGGGUCGUACCAUAUGCCGGUAAUGCCUUGGGCCUUACCAACACUGCCAACCAGACAUUUCUUCAUGUUUUGAGCCCCGAAUGGUUUACCAACGUUCCGAGCGCCUUGUCGUCUCUGCGAAGACUUCUUGACGUCAUCCGUCCCUCUCAUCCCGACAUUUUUCACGUCACCGAUGUCUAUGGCCGCACCUUCUUUCACCGGGCGGCAUCCUUGAGAGCAGACCGGGAGGUUUUGACCGAUAUCCUAGCAUACUGCAAUAUUGCCAUUCCACUAUCUCGAGAUGCAUUCGGCUUUGAUCCAGUCGCCAAUGUCCAGCCGAACCCGACUGUUCCACAACCUGAAAGUACCAACCACGGUAGCCCCAUCUCCUACACCCCUCAUCACCUCCCCAUCGGCUCGAACAUGCCGUCCAGAGUCCCCUCCCCCAGCGUCAGCGUUUCUGGUAUCCCCUCUCGAGCAUACGAAGGGCCCUUUCUAGCCUACCAUGCCCGAUUAAUCCAAAUCAUUCACUCGGCCUAUCCCAACCCUCUUGUCGAGGACUCCGAAGGUCGUAACGGCUUGCACUGUCUGGCAGAAGCCAUCAUCAACCAACAAAUCAUGGACAAACAACGUUCCGCCCUAUCAACCACCUCCAUGACAGAGCACGAAAACGCCCUUCCGUCUCGCCUCCGCCACUUACGCUCCCUCCUUGAUCCUUCCCCUGAAGAUAGCGCCGUAGGCGUAAACCCAAACGCGUAUGACAAAUCUGGCUGCACUCCCCUUAUGGCCUUCAUCCAGCAUAAUGCUGAUCACGAAGACGAUAAAUCUCGCACUCUCCAAAGCAUCCUCGAAACACUUACUAAAGGUGGAGCGAGCAUUGAAGCGAGAAAUAGAAGGGGAGAAACGCCCUUAUUGAUAGCGGCGAGGCUGGGAAGGAAGACUGCCCUAAGCGUACUGUUGGAGCAGGGAGCCAACAUGCGAGCGAAAGACAGGUGGGGUAGGGGGGUUUUGGAGAUUCUGGACUGA